ACCUUCACAAAGCAUCCUCUUAGGAUAGAAACCUCCAUCGCCAUUUUCCUAAUCUUUUACCCCAGGACCACCUUCAUUCUUUUCCCUACACAGUCGCUUCCAGCUUACCCAUGCAAUCUUAUUCCUAUCCUCACUUCCCCCUCCCCCCAAUAUAUCUCCUUCGAAUAAGAGAAAGGGAAUUUAGUACCCUUUUUGGGGCUUACUAUGUGGAGAAAUAGAAAACCGGAAUUCGUUUCAAGCCAAAGUCCACAUAAAGGCCCUGGUUUUAGAUCCAUGAGAUCGAUUUUGGGAGAAAGAGAAAGACCAUCUCACAUUAUAGAAUUAAAGAAAAGUUUAGAUUCAGGUACCUUGCUCUCAUCUCUUCAUGGGGAAAUCAGCCUUUCUGAUCUACCAUGUUCCGAAGAAGCGCUACUCGUCUUCUUUCAAAGCAUUCUUCUUUUUCUUACCCAUAUGUUUAGGCUUCACUACCUUUUUCCUGGUCUUGAUCUACAUAUACACAACCUCUGGAGUUCUCACCAAUCCCCAUUCCAGUCCUUACCUUGAACCUACAAAGAAUUCUACCUUAAUCGAGCAAACAAUCCCUUUUUCGAUUGAUAACACAGCUGAAGACCUGUUCUUUGAUCUCCCUAGAACUCCCAAUUAUGCAAAGCAAAGUCAAUGGUCCAUUUCAGAUCUCUUUCGCUCAAUCGGAGAUAGUAUGAACAACACAGACAUUUACCAUGAUACCGAUAUUUUCCUUGAAGACUACAAAGAAAUGAACAAGAGCUUCAAGAUAUUUGUGUAUCCUCACACCAAAGAUGACCCUUUUGCUAACGUUCUGUUACCUGUUGAUUUUGAUCCAAAGGGUCAUUAUGCCAGUGAACUUUACUUCAAGAAAGCUCUUUUCAACAGCCACUUUAUCACAAAAAAUCCAAAUGAGGCAGAUCUUUUCUACAUGCCUUUCUCCAUUGCAGAGAUGAGGCACGAUCCCAGAAUUGGCCCAGAAGGAUUGCAGGAUUUCAUCCGGACUUACAUCUUCAACAUCAGUCAUAAAUUUCCUUAUUGGAACCGAACAAAUGGAGCUGAUCACUUCUAUGUUGCCUGCCAUUCCAUUGGAAGAGUAGCCAUGGACAAAGCUGUUGAGGUCAAAUUCAAUGCCAUUCAGGUUGUUUGUUCUUCAACGUACUUUGUAGCAGGGUAUUUCCCCCAUAAGGACAUUUCCAUGCCCCAAAUUUGGCCAAAAGAGAGGGACCCUCCAAGCAUUUUUCUGUCAAAAAGGAGGAAGCAGCUGGCAUUCUUCGCUGGAUCAGUGAACUCUCUAGUACGUGUAGCUCUUCUGAAGCACUGGAGGAAUGACUCAGAGAUAUUUGCCCAUUUUGGAAGGUUCAAAACAGAUGAUGGAGAGCAGCUGUUGAGGAGCAAGUUCUGCCUCCAUGUUAAGGGGUUUGAGGUGAACGCUGCUCGGAUCACAGAUGCACUACAUUAUGGCUGUGUUCCAGUUAUCCUUGCCAACCACUAUGAUCUGCCCUUUGCCGAUAUCCUGAACUGGAAGAGUUUUUCUGUUAUAGUUCACUAUAUGGAUAUUCCUGUACUGAAGAAAAUCCUACAAGGAAUAAGCUUGGAUGAGUAUUCAUGGCUGCAGAGUAAUGCAGUGAAGGUUAGGAAACAUUUUCAUUGGAAUGUUCCUCCAGUUGAUUAUGAUGCCUUCUACAUGGCUAUGUAUGAUCUCUGGCUACGCCGAAGCUCUAUCAGGGUUCGGUUAACUGCUUCCCUGGAAUACAUGUAAGCUCUAGAAGUAGGACUCCAGGUCCCUCGUGGAUUCCAGAAGGCACAGGCAGUGUUGCAUUCUUUUCCCUGAAUGAUUUUUUCCCAUAUUUUUGUCUCCCAAUAUCUGUUGCAUUUAUUGAUGUAAACGUGAAUCUUUUAAGCACUGAAAACAGGCAAAAUCUUCCAUUAAAUGUGAAACAAUCAG